AUGUCCGUUUCGAUGAGAUCGGCCAGAGUUGUGCGCAACAACUCGGCCUUACGGUCGAGUUUGGUUGCCCGGCCGCGCUUUUCCGGGGCAUUGGGCGCCUCUACAGCCGCAAACCUUCGUUUAAACGGCCGGGGUCUUCCAUCGCAGGUGUCAGCUAUCGCACUUUUAGUUUCUCAGCGUGGCUAUGCCACGGAGCAGUCCACCUCUUCAUCUUCCGACAAUUUGCCACCUCCAGGAUUCAACGCAGAACAGGCCAAGAAGCCUCUCUCGCCCGAAGCCGCGCAACGAGCAAGCGCCAAUACCACUCAGCAGGUUGCUACUAAAGGCGAGUCGGCAGUUACUAACACAAACAACACGGGCGAGGUCGCAGUGGCCAAGUCCGCGGAGGAUGGCAAAAAGGUUGGAGAAGAGAAAAAGGAGCAGAAGAAAUUGACAAUCGGACAAAAGAUCAAGAAGGAAGUCCAGCACUACUGGGAUGGUACUAAGCUUCUUGCGACAGAGGUGAAGAUCAGCUCAAGGCUGGCAUUGAAAAUGGCCGGAGGGUACGAGCUCAGUCGUCGUGAACACCGUCAGUUGCAAAGAACCGUCAAGGACCUCGGUCGCCUAGUGCCAUUUUCUAUGUUCAUCAUUAUCCCCUUUGCCGAAUUGCUCCUUCCCGUUGCCCUUAAGCUUUUCCCCAACCUGCUGCCCAGCACCUACGAGGGCCAGAAGGCCCGUGAAACCAAGGCGCUGAGUCUCAGUUCGACGCGGAAAGAGGUUUCUGGCUUCUUGAAGGACACACUGAAAGAAAGCGGUCUUCCUGUGACGGCUGCGACCGUCAAGAACGAGGAGUUCACCGAAUUCUUCAAGAAGAUCCGGACUACGGGAGAAACGCCGUCGACCGAGGAUGUCAUCAAGGUCUGCAAGAUCUUCAAGGAUGAUUUGACCCUAGACAACCUGUCCCGUCCCCAGCUUGUCGGUAUCUGCAAGUAUAUGAACCUCAACUCCUUCGGAACCGACGCCAUGCUCAGAUACAACAUUCGACACCGUAUGCGCCAGAUCAAGCGCGAUGACCGCGCCAUCUUCUACGAAGGAGUGGCGUCGCUUUCGGUUCCUGAGCUGCAGAUGGCCUGCGCCUCCCGCGGCAUUCGCACCCACGGUGUUUCUCCCGCUCGCUUGCGUGAGGAUCUCUCUAUGUGGCUGGACCUUCGUCUCAAGCAGGGCGUCCCGUCCACGCUCCUGGUUCUCAGCAAUGCGUACGUCUACGCGCAGGGGGGCAAGGAGGCGGAAAUGUCAUCCCAGAUCGACUCCCUCCAGUCUGUUCUGUCCAGCAUUCCUGAGGAGUUGUUCCACGAAAUCGAGCUAGAGGUGCACAAUGCCGAGGGUGCCGCCACGAACAAGCAGCGUCUCGAGGUUAUCAAGGAACAGCAAGAACUCAUUGAGGAAGAAAACGAACAGAACAGCGAGAAUGAAGAGAAGGGUAUGUCGGCGCCCAAGGACAUCGAGGACAUUGACGACAAGGAGGACACGAUCGAGGCCAAGUACGAGAAGCAGUCCGACGAGGCGGUUGAGGCCGUCAAGGAGGGUGACAAGGUUGAGGCUUCGCCGACCGAAAAGAAGGAGACUCCUUCUCAGUAA